AUGGAUGAUUUAUUUUCAGAUCUUUCCUCGAUCAGUGAUUGUGACGAUGAGUGCCUUUUGAAUGUGUCAGCCAAGAAGUCAAAAAGCUUUUUCAUUGUAUCCACAGUUCCGGAGGUUAUAAUGGAUAUCCCACCGGCAUUCGAAUUGGAAAUUGUCGAUGUGAAAAAGAACCAAACGCUGGAAGAAAAGAACUGUGAAACGGACUCGAAAGGCGACCAGAAGUUCGACAAAUGGGUGCAAACAGAUUUCGUUGAGAUGGAGUCAAUAGCAUGCUACGCAGACCUACCCCCAACAAUCCGUGAAGCAACAUAUACAGAAAGUGCUCUGGAGCGUGUGCUCCGUCACAUGAGUGCACAUCUUCAUCGUGCUCAACUACAGCAAUGGCUCGCCGAGCAACCACUUCGAAACGCGUCGUUUCAUAUAAAACCAGUGCAAACCAAGACAAUUUAUCGAGCAGUAUAUAAUAAAGAGAAAAAUAUCUUCGUUCUUCUACUUUUCUUACCUCAAGAAAACCGAUACUUUGUUGAACUGAGAUCUUUGAAAAAUCUCCUCAAAAGUAUCUUACAUAAUAUCGAAAAUGAUUAUUUUCUUGCGCAUCAAAAAGUUCGCCUAUAUUCGAGCCAUAAUUUUGUGAUGCUCUACUCCUCAUCGAAAAUAUUGAUGAUGGAAAUUGAUGAUUUGGAGAAAAUGAUAACCUAUGAUGACGUGGCAGAUGUCGUCUCAUUACUUGUUUUAAAUGGAAGUCCGUGUUAUAUGAAUGGAUCCGGAAAAGUUACUAUUUUGGAGAAUCAGGAAAAAAUUUUCGAGUGCUCUCCACUACUGAAUCCAAUCUCUUCUAGCUUCGUAAUUGAAAAUCGAAUUUAUGUGCUAUCGAACAAGUUUAUCUCUAGCUUCACAUCAGAUUCUCCACUGGAUUACGAGAACUAUGAGACAGAAAAAACUAUCACAACUGGAGAUAUUGGAAAAUUUGGAGAAGAUCGGCUCAUGAUUUUUGAUAAGUUUUCUCAAACUUGUUUUGUCUGGGAAAAAGAUAAACCAAAAAAUCCAUCUCAUCAACUUUGCUUUGGAUCGUCUGAAUAUACAGUAGACGUGGCUUGCGACGAGGAGAAUUUGUACUCCUUAACUUCUGCCGGCGUAGUUUCAGUUUGGAAAUUGAAACCUAAUGGAAGAAAAUAUCGAGAUCAACUAUUCACAACAUACCUGAACCAUUGCACAAAACUACUUUUAACAUAUUCUCAGAAGUUUGUGAUUCUCACCAACUCGGAAGUUCACUUUGUGGUGUUUGGCAUUGACUCGACCAGUGGCCAACAGUGAUCGGUGCCAGCCUCUACCGAUCCUCAUUCAAUUGACCCCAAUCCAUCACUCGCCUGCUUAAAAACCCGCCGUUGCUCACAAAUAUUUUCUCUUAUCUUCAUUUCUUUGCAAAAAUGAUUGUCUCGUUUUCUUCUCCACAAUCUUUUUGAUAUAAAUUGAUUUAUUGAAUGUUGAUCGCGUUGCGUGUUGUAAUAUUGGCUCCUUCAGCAUGGCGUGAGAGAAAUAAAGAAUUUAAAUCAGAAAA